CUCAACGAAGCUACACAGCAGCAGCUCGAGAGAGAGAGAGAGAGAGAGAGAGAGAGAAUUGAUAACACUCGUUGUUGGCGUUGCUGCUGCAAUCGAUUUCCUCCAUUUCCGUUUUGGGCGUAAGUUCCUCCAGAAACUCCCCCCUCCCACUUCUUUCCUCUUCACGAAUUCUAGGGUUUUCUUCCUCGUCUUUCGGUUUCUCCUUCCGUGGAUUCCGGGGACGAGACUGUCUCUCAACUCAACCGGCGCCUUUGCUCUGUUCCCGCUGUCUCCUGCUUCUUCUGCAACUCCGGGAAGAAAAAAUGGUGAUCGCUCGCUCAAUUGCUUGCUCCCUGCUAGCUUCUCCGUGAUUUUCCUCGUUCAGGUUUGCUGAACCUUCUUAUCUGCGAAAAAUUCGAUGCUGCUUCCUGUUGCCUGAAACGUUGCCGUGGUAGCUUCCUUGAGGUGCUAAUAAGCUUCCGCCGGCUGAAUAUUUGGUUUUAGUUUCCACGCAUUUUUGGUUUCAUUGAGGGGACACGGAGCAGGAGUAGAGGAGGUGGGGUGGCUGACUGGCUGUUGAAUUAAUGAAUUCUCCUUUCUGUUUAGACUCUUGAGCUCCUUUUAACUCCUCUGGAGUAGAGGAUUUAGAGACAAUUGGCGAGGUGAACUGUUGGGUGAACGAGCAAUUGGUUGGUAAUGGACGGAGAGCUAGGGAAUGAGUUGGCUCAAGGUGAUUUGGUGGAGGAGGUGGUGCAUUUCCGUGGUAAGGAGACUGAGUAUUCCUUGAGACAGCCUGAAGCCUCCAAUGUGGUGCUGGAGCAGUCCGAGGAGGCUGUUCUUGGGCACGGUGACUAUUUAAAUAGUUCGUUUGAUGGGAUUUCUGAUAUUUUGGAGGGCAGGACCUCCGGUGCAAACUUAGGCCCGGAGGAUCCUUCUGAGCAGCCUCGUGCAAGGCCUCGAUAUAUGGAUGAUGCAGGGAACAUGGUGGAGGAGUUGAUGGUGAAGAAUUAUGACGGUGGUUCUAAUUUGGCUAUAGUCGGCACAUCAAACCACAGGGAGAAAAUGGAGUCCAGGUGGAGUCAGUGGCAGCAGCCUUAUCAUCCUGGAGUAAGGUUGGGAAGCGGGAGUUCUCGCAGCAGUGUUUGGCGUAGCGGAGAUAAUCAGGCUGUGAGGCUGUGUGAGAGUGCUCCACAGAAUGUAUCCUCUUCUGAGUUUUUGGGUAAGGAAAUUUCAAAUGUUAUCUCCAACGAGGCUGCCGGUCAAUUGGCAGAUGCUGAACACACAGAGGUUAGGGACAUGGUUUCCCAUGGUGGUAUACGGACAAAGAUUCUGUCAAAGUCGGGGUUUACUGAUUUUUUUAUAAAGAAUACUUUGAAGGGUAAGGGGGUUGUUUACAGAGGUUCUCCGCAAAAUGUAAUGAGACCUGAGCCAGUAGAGCAGGACAAUGGAAAGACUGCAACUGUUAACUUGACAACUAGUAGUGCUUCAACGAGUAUGGGUGAGAAACCUGCAAUGCCUUCACCUGUUGGUGUUGUCAGGCCAAGGAAUAGCGGUAGUGAUGAUGAAGGAGUCAGUUUGAGGGAAUGGCUAAACGUUGGACGCCAUGGGGUAGAUAAAGUUGAAUGCUUUCAUAUCUUUAGGCAGAUUGUGGAUCUGGUUGAUAGCUACCAUUCUCAAGGAGUUGUCUUGUGUCAGUUAAUGCCCUCUUGCUUCAAGUUGUUGCCAUUAAAACUGGUAAGUUAUCUGGGAUCAGUUGACAAAAGAAGCGAUCUAGGGAGUGGAAUGGAUCAAGAUGUGCCUUGGUCCAGUAAUCAUGCAAUUAAAAGGAGGCUAACAGAUCAUGGAAUGUUUUCCUCUGCUAUUUUGCAUGUGAAGAAACAAAAGUUAAGCGAGACCAUGAAGUCUGGUGAUAGGUGGCCUCAGUUCAGCUCGAAAUUUGGUGUCAAACUCAAAACUGAAGAAGUUGGCUUAUCAAGCAAACAUCAGUCCCUUUAUGAGCCUAGUGGAGGCAAUCCAAAUGCAAGAGAUGGAUCUACGAGCAAUCUUAGCUUCCCUUGGCUAUCUAAUGCAGUCCAAAAACAACCGUUAACAAGUGAAACUGACCCAUUGGAAGCGAAGUGGUAUGCGAGUCCUGAGGAGCUGAGUGAAGGAAUAUGCACACUGUCGUCAAAUAUUUAUGCUUUGGGUAUACUGCUGUUUGAGUUGCUUAGUCGUUUUGACUCUGAAGGAGCGCGUGCUAUGGCCAUGUUGGACUUGUGUAACAGAAUCCUUCCUCCUUAUUUUCUGUCCGAGAAUCUGAAGGAAGCUGCAUUUUGUCUUCUGCUACUUCAUCCUGAACCUUUCUCACGUCCAACAACCAGGGAGAUUCUUCAAUCUGAUGUGAUUAAUGGAUUGCCUGAAGCGUCUGUGGAAGAAUUGUCAUCCUCGAUUGAAAAAGAUGAUGCGGAAUCGGAGCUCUUGUCAUAUUUUCUUGCAUCACUGAGAGAGCAUAAGCAGAGUAAUGCCUCCAAGUUAGGGAACGACAUUAGGUGCCUAGAAGCAGAUAUUAAGGAGAUCGAGAAGCGGAAUUGCUCAGAGAGAUCAGCAACACCUGGUCGCUUAGACUUUGACAUCCAUAAUGCAAAGGAACAGACUUCCCAGCAAAAUGACAGUUUAAGUGCUGAAAGAGUCGCUCCAAUGUUCUCAAAUUCUGAUACAAAGGAGAUGAGGUUGAUGAGAAAUAUCAGUCAGCUCGAGAGUGCUUAUUUCUCCACGAGAGGCAAAGUCCAAGUUCCCGAGGCUCAUGCUGCAUUACGCCAAGACAAGAGUUUGUUGCGAAACCGUGAAAACUGGCAAUCGGAAAAAGAAGCUGACGAAAAAUAUAACUCAGCUGAUUGCCUUGGGGAAUUCUUCGAUGGUCUAUGCAAAUAUGCUAGAUAUAGUAAGUUUCAAGUCCGUGGAUCAUUAAGAACUGGGGAGUUCAACAAUUCUGCGAAUGUGAUAUUCUCUUUAGGUUUUGACCGGGACAUGGACUACUUCGCUGCUGCUGGAGCUUCCAAAAAAAUAAAGAUAUAUGAAUUUAAUUCUCUCUUCAAUGAUUCUGUUGAUAUUCAUUAUCCGGCUGUUGAAAUGGCAAACAAAUCAAGGCUUAGCUGCAUCUGUUGGAACAGCUACAUUAAGAAUUAUCUGGCUUCAACCGACUAUGACGGUGUGGUGAAGUUAUGGGAUGCAAGCACCGGUCAAGGGGUUUCUCAAUAUAAUGAGCAUCAAAGGAGGGCUUGGUCUGUUGACUUUUCUCCAGUAUGUCCAACAAAAUUGGCUACUGGAAGUGAUGAUUUUACAGUGAAAUUAUGGAGCAUCAAUGAGGCAUGUUCUUCCUCUGAUAGUCUUAAAGAUGUUUUGCUACUUCAAUGUUUCAUGCAGAAAAAUAGUUUAAGCACGAUCAAGAAUAUCGCCAAUGUCUGCUGUGUUCAGUUCUCCUCUCACUCCACUAAUUUGCUGGCUUUUGGAUCUGCGGAUUUCAGAACCUACUGCUAUGAUAUUCGAAAUGUUAGAAUGCCCUGGUGUAUACUAAAUGGCCACGAGAAAGCAGUGAGCUAUGUAAAAUUUGUGGAUGCAGAGACUAUUGUUACUGCAUCAACUGACAACUCACUGAAGGUAUGGGAUCUGAAAAGGACCAAUAGCAGUGGCCUAUCCAUGAACGCUUGCAACUUAACUCUUCGAGGGCAUACAAACGAGAAGAAUUUUGUUGGCCUGUCAGCUUCUGAUGGUUACAUCUCAUGUGGUUCCGAAACAAACGAGGUUUAUGCUUACCAUCGAUCUCUACCCAUGCCGAUGGCAUCUCACAAGUUUGGUUCCUUGGAUCCUAUAUCUGGGAAAGAGACAGAUGAUGACAAUGGACAGUUUGUUUCUAGUGUCUGCUGGAGGGGGAACUCAGACAUGGUCUUAGCCGCCAAUUCGAGUGGCGGCAUUAAAGUAUUGCAAAUGUCUUAAAAGUUAUAGAGAUAUGGAUGACUGCCAAAACUUUCUCCUCAACUGGCUUCCUUAUGCUUCUUCAAGUUCAAUAUUCUCCUUUGGAGGCCCGAUCGGCUUCUGGAAAACGGUCAUAGACCAUCUUCCUUUUCUGUAUCUUCAGGCAAGUUCGAAUCCCUCCAAUGUCAACCGAUCUUUGAAUAUAUCACUAUUGGGACACACAGAUGAUUGAAGGUGAAAGUUUCCGGCACCAUGAUGAACAUAAGCACAGACAUAGCUUGUAUAUACAGCAGUAUUUGGGGGAAAACAAGUGAAUCUGGUUGAAGAUGAGAAUCUAUGAGUAAUCUGCAGACCAUUGGGGAGAGAGUUGGUUGCAUACAGCCUCAGUACAGAAUGCUGACUCCCUUUUUCUUUAUGGUAUCCAUAAUUUGGUACCAGAAUUUCACUACUGAAAUGAGCCUUGUAUUGAGUUUGUACCUAAAAGAAUAUCACCACUGACAUGAGCCUUGUAUUUGAGUUUGAUAUUUUGCUUUGUUUUUCUAGUUUGUGUAAAUGUCUCAAAGAAGAGUGCAAAAUAAUGUACACUGGUGACUGGACAUGUCUUGUCCUGAUAAAGAAUGACAAGCAAGUUUUGGAACAAUCUCUGUUGGCUUUAGAUUUUGUUUUCCUCAACUUUUUUGCUCUUGAUUUUAGCUUACUGAAAUCCUGAAAUGACAAGGAAUCAAAUCCAGGUAACACUGCUACAGGGAAAGUCAGGUAACACUUGCUGAGGCACUUCUAUCGUGAAGAAAUCAAAUUACACUGCUACAGGGAAAGUCAGGUAACACUCACUGAGGCACUUCUAUCUCCUUUCUGACAAUAUUUGAUUGACUCAUUCAUAUUCUUCCUACAGAAACAAAAACCAAGGAGAGGGAUGGAAAAAUGGUGAAGGUAACACUAUUGAUCAAUCCUCUGCGCAUUCAUCAUCUUUCUUCAUAAUACCCCUUUCCCUGGAUUUUGUGAACUCAUUGUUGUUCUCUUAGGACUGUCUUUUGCAGCAUUCAUCCUCAAUUUCCGACCAGUUGGACUCCACGUCGCAGAAGAUCUCACUGGCGAUGACCUCACCGGAGUUUUCACUUUCGGUUUAACACCUGCAUCAAACACUGGAGCUUUCUUCACCUUAACAUUGGCUGGUUUUCUUGCCACGGCAGCAGCAGCAGAAGCAGCAGGGACUGUUUCAUUGUUCGGCGGCUCCGAUAUCACUGACCUCGCAUCCGACGUGGUCAUCUUCUCCGGAUUCACAACACAAACGGACUUCGCAUCAAAAUUUACGAUCUUCGGUUCAUCCGCUGCUGGCAACACAAUUGGAUCCUCACCUGCUGCAAGGGUAAGAGGCUCUUCAUUCCCUGCCUCAGUCGACUUGAACUUUACACCACAUGACGACGUCAUCUUCUCCCUCUCUGCCAGCCUGUAAGCGAACAUCUGAAAUGGAAUCUGAGAAACCGAGCUUGAAUCGCAGGUCGGUUCAGCAGGGAACUUCUUCAGAAACCCAGCUUCCAGUUCGGUGUAGUCGACAGGCGGCAUCUGCAUAUCCGGCUGUCCAUCACUAGGAUUCAUAACCAGGAACUUCUUCACGUAUCGAAGAACCCUACAAAUAGAGGAGAAGCUCGGCCUGCAGCUUGGAUCUCUAUGCCAGCACUUCUUUGUUAAGUUCACAAGGUAUUUCGGUGUGUGAAAUGGGAACAACGGUCUCUCCCCAGCUCGAAUGUUCUUGAUCAUCUGAUCACCAUGGAGAUGCCCGUCCUCGAAUGGAAGCUUCCCUGUUAACAGGCCGAAACACAGCAUUCCAAAGCUAUAGACAUCGGCCUUCUCCGUGUACUUGCUAUUCAACCUUGAAUUGUUCCCUGCUGCAGCAGCGGUAGCCUCUUGUUCCGCUAGCACCUCUGGCGCAUACCAGAUGGUUGGAUCGAUUGCAUCUGAGGUCGCCGAAGCAUGCCUCAGAGGUUGGCUUUCCACUCUCGCGAGUCCAAAGCCUGAAACUUUGACCAUGAAAUACCCCUCUGUGGCUUUCCUCGGCUUGAGAAAUAUGUUGGUGAUGUUCAGAUCUCCAUGGUAGACCUUCUUCGAAUGGAGGUACUCCAUCCCUCUAGCAACCUGAAGCAUGAUAUCCACAACAAUGGGGAGAGGCAAAAGAACCCUUUUCCUCGGACUGCUGUUCUCCUUCAUGUAAGAAUGCAAAUCCUUGCUCAUCAACUCCAUUACUAAAAAGCAUUCCUUUUUAUCCUCGUCGUAGAAUCCACAGAAGUACUGGACUAUGUUGGGAUGAGCUAAGGACAUUAGAUCAUAUAUCUCGGAGCUCAAAGGCUCAAUCUCGUGCUGCAAAUGUCUCAUUGCAAAUCCUUCCCCUAGCCAUUGGAUCUCCUUGUACUGGCUUCCUUCCCCUAGCCUUCUCCUCACUUUGUAAUCUUCGGCUCCUAAUAAGAUCGAGCUCGGUGGGAGCUUUCCGUUAACUUUCUCGACGCUAUUGAGCUUCUUCAGCAGCAGAUCGGCAACACGAUGCUCGUUCUUCGUAAUCAAGCCGGAAGCUUUCUUCUCCUUCAGCUUCUCGAUGAGAUGCCACUUGUCUUCUCUCAGGGCAGCUUUGAACUGGCAGCAUAUCUCUUUUGGGAUCAAGUACUGCCUCCCGAAUCUCCACUGGAACAGCUUGGGGUCGUACCAGCUUCGGUCGUAUUUUUUCGACAGCAUCACUCUUUUCCUCUUCAUGUCUGCCUCAUCCAGUCCAGAGAUCUCUCCCGCGCUCUCGAUGGCCUCGACGACAGCAUGGAAGCAGGUGAGCAGGUUGUGGACGUAGAACUCGACGGAGUCUUUGUUUUGGUGGAGGGAGAGGGAUUUCCCCCACCAGUCCUUGUUGUUGUCCAUACAAUGGCGGAUGUAGAGCUCUCCUUCUUUGAACACUCUGUGCAGCUCCCUCAGCGGCUCCUCCAAUGGCUUCCACUUCGUGUUCUUCUCUUCCAGGGUCAGGUUGUGCCUGAUCUCCUCGGCGAUCGUGUCGAAUGCCGAGGUGAACAUCUGGUGCAGGAGAACGCACUGGCGCGGGUUGAUUUGAAUGUCGUCCUGGAGCACCAUUAGUGCUUUCAAGCUUCCCAGGACUUCCCCUACGUGCCUGAACUGCUCCAUUUCUUUGCUCGAUGGGUGCUUCUUCGUCGAUCUAUCUCUCCGUCUGCCCUCUCUAAACGAAGAAGCAAUGAGGUUUUGCUUCAAAGUUUAGAGAGAUCUUUCUUUCAACAAGGAUUCUCAAAAGAGCGUCACGACCUGGGCAAUAGGAAUAUCAGGAUUCAGGAAGAAGUUCAUACAAGCAUUUUUAUAGCAAAAAACAGAGGGAUCAGAAGCGUUGGAAGAAGAACGCGAUUCACAGAAGCCGUGAAGGAAAACGUAAAGCACAAGCUAAUCAACAAGAACCUAGUUUUCCAUGGUUGAUCUUCUGCUAAAACGGGAAAUUGGCAACAUCCAUACCUGAAGUCAAAAAGCUCUUGCUUCUUGAUGAAUCAGCACAGAGC